CCUUAUUUUACCAACCGUAUUUCAAGGUAUGAAAUAAAAUACAGAGGAGGGAAAGUAAAAAAAAAAAGUCCAAUGAAAACUCGGUGUCAGUCUACGCAAUGACAGAAGUUGUCAGGUUGCGAAGCGCCGAUCCAUCUAGGCUUGAAUUCGCACUCACUAGCCAUAUGAAGGCCAUAGCCUAGAGGCAAUGUGCUGGCCUACCACCGCUGCGACUCGGGUUUGAAACCCUGCGGAGGCUCCGGGGAUUUUACGCUCGUCUUCGUCAAAGGACCUGACGGCUGAACCUGACUGAAGCCGCGUGAGUCCGCCGCACAGGUCGUAUGGCUCGCGGCGAGAUACAGCGCAAACCCCAUUUUCUUGGCGAUUUUAUCGCCGAUAAAAUCGUAAAAAAAUCACAAUUUAAUUUCAAAACAUCCCGAUUUUUCCGUUGAUAAAUGCUAUUUGGGAAAAUGUUAGUUUAUAAAAGUGACGCAGAGGCUUGGGAGAAAGAAGCCGUUAAGUCAAGUAGUUGACCCCAAAGAAUCCGCAUUUGACACCACUGUAGCUCUUUAAUUAAGGUUUCGCUAACAAAGUACUGCAGGGACCCUAAAUUUGUAAAAAUUAGUUAAUGGUCCCCCUUUGCCCCGUCAGCAAGGCCUCGGGGGACUAUGACAGAUCUUUAAAUUCGGAUUUCAUGGGGUCUGUUACCCAUGAGAACAUCUUUUUCCCGAGCCUUUAUGUCAAUUUAACGAACUAGCAUUUUUUUGAGGGGGCUUUUUAGGAUGACUCAUUUUGAUACCUACGACUUUCGAAUUUCCACUUCAGAUGGUUUUUGGUCCAAAAUUAAAAACGAGCUCAAAAAAUUCAAGAUCGGAUGACCACUUCCCCUAACAUUACCUCCUCCACAAUUCUCCCUCCUGUAAAGUGCGUCGGCAAGUCAUGAUACAGUAAGUUGCCAUGGUAACCGAGUAAUGUAAACAUAGAUUUGAUAUCAUGAUUUUGCGCCAGGGAAAGAUCUCUCCAUCAGUUUCAUUCAUACAUGUUAGAAUCUACCUACCUAAGCUAUGAAAUCGAAAUCAAUUUUUCUUUUACCUGUUCAUGUUUUAGUUUUAUGUACAAUAAGUGUGAGCAUGGAAGGAGGAUGGAUAUUAUAGAACUUUCAUUUGGCAUUGAAAUGAACACAUGAGGACUCGGGAAUUCCCCUGUAUCAGACAUGAAAUUUCAUUGCCAAGUUGAUCUACCUUGUAAUGUAAAAGUUCUUGGCUGAACAAAGUGAAAGUGAAAUGGCUUCCAACUUGUGGCAAGACAAGGAUAUAAGAUUUGAUGUACCUAAUGCAGACUUAAGAAUGGGACCCGGAGAAAAAGUGAUUGAUCAGCUGGAUUUUGUAGAGGACACUAAAGGAAACGGUGGCGAUAAAGGAAAAUUAAUCAUGACAAAUUUGAGGAUCAUUUGGCACUCUCUGUCGGUGGGCAAAGUUAACAUGUCUAUUGGAUUCUCAUGCAUAAUCAAUAUUUCAUCAAAAAUGGUAGUAUCAACACUUCGAGGAACAGCAGAGGCGCUUCAUAUCCUCACAAAAGCAAAGGAUUCUCGACUAGAAUUUAUUUUUACGAAUUUGAUACCGGGGAAUUCCCGGCAUUUCACGUCAGCAAUGGGAGUUUACAAAGCAUAUAUGUCUUCUCGAAUGUAUCGUGAGCUGAAACUAAGGGGGUGUGCAGUGCAAAGAAAAGAGUUUAACACAUUACCAUUGGAGCACGUUAUAGCUACAGUAGAAGGAGUUUGGAAUCUGUCCAGUGAUCAGGGCAACUUGGGAAAAUUUAUAAUUUCCAAUGUACGGCUGGUAUGGUUCGCUGCCAUGAAUGAGGCUUUCAAUGUCUCCGUGCCUCACAUUCAAAUUAUAUCUAUUAAAAUCAGGGAUUCAAAAUUUGGUCCAGCUUUAGUUGUGGAAAGCUCCAUCAACAGCGGAGGUUACAUCUUGGGGUUUCAUAUAGACCCCAGUGAAAAAUUACAUAAAAUUGCACAUGAACUUGCCCAGCUACACAAAAUCCACUCUAAGAACCCUGAAUUAGGAGUUCAUUUUGUGCUACAAAACCAGCCACCAUUGCCAGAGACUCCCUCAGUGGAAGAGAUAGAGGAGCCUGAAUUUGAAGAUUCAAUCAAAGACUUGUCUUCUAAUUUGGUCAUGUAUGGUGCUGGAGGAGAACUUGUCACACCUCGACCCCUAACGUUCUUUAGUGAGAUUGGACUUGCGAUGGAACAAAUUCGAGAUGGGUUUACUCUGACUGGGUUAUGGGAGGUGAUACCAUCUUAAAAAAAAAAAAAAAAAAAAAAAAAAAAAACUUCUGUCCUCAACAUUUUCAUUCCAUGGAGUGACGAUAGGAUUCACGAUUCACUUCUUCAGUUAUUCAAGAAUAACCACAAGACUCGGCCUGUAGGGAUUUACGAGUCAAAGCCUAAAAUAUAUACAACUAGAAGGCUAUGUAAUGUUCAUCCAUUGUUGGUGGAUCCAAAGCACAUCAGGAAUCCAUGAAAAGAGUUGGCAUUGCAUUUGUCGGCAACAACAUAAAUUCACAAAAGUGUGCAGAGAUGAUCAUACUAUUUGUCCACAUCAAGCUAGUUGAUUAUAAGAACAUAAUUUUAUGCAUUAGGAAACAAAAUUAAUGUUAUAGAGCAAUUUUCAACUGAUGAAGGAAUUGCCAUUUAAAAUUAAUAAUUUUAAUUCGCCUUCAAGUUAGUGAAACUAAACAGGACUCGGAGGACUUUAAAUCAUUCGAUCCCUCUUUGAAAUUUUCUUUUGAAGUUGUAAAACACCACAUGAAUUGUUUCCUGAAGUAUCGCUGGAAACUCGGAUUGCAAUCUGCGAGCUUUCCUCAGUCUUAUAAAAAUUGUGGAAAAAUGAGUCUGCAACAAUAUGAUGGCAAGCCAAGUUCAAACUCGCUGCAAUCUUGUGCUUAAAAUAAAAUAAUCAAUGCUGUACUUACAAAUUUUACACUGUUAUUCCACGUCACGUCAAACUUGGAGCUUGGUUUUCCCAUUGUUUGUUUAAACUAUGAUCACGUGCUAAAAUGAAAAAAAAAAUAAAUCCUAUGAAUGAAA